AUGAGCAUUGAACAGCAUCACAUCAAACGUAAUCUACAGACUCCCGAGGCUCUUGCUGAAAAGAGACAGCGAGAAAAGUCCAAGAUCGAUGAGUUCCUCGCUUUAACAGACGAUGUGCUAUCUCGAAAGAAGAAACAGGAGUGGAGCAACGAUGCCUUUGAAUUAACGCAGCGUUUACUCCAGAUCAACCCUGAAUUCUACACCGUGUGGAAUUAUCGUCGAAAUAUCCUACUCAACGGUAUAUUUCCUCAUAGUACUCCUGAGCAAAUUAACAACCUUCUCUCAAACGAGCUUUCCAUGACUACUACAGCUUUGAAAGCAAAUCCGAAAGUCUACUGGAUAUGGAAUCACCGUCGCUGGUGUCUCGAGAAUGUCCCAGACGGGCCGGAACGCAAUGAGGUACCGUCUAUGGAAUGGAGACAGGCAAAUUGGGACAAGGAACUUUUUGUCACGGAGAGGAUGCUUGACGCAGAUGCAAGGAACUUCAUGGCUUGGAAUUAUCGCAGAUACGUCCUCGCAAACAUGCCCACAAGAAGGCCUGAGACGUCAGAGUUGGCUUACACUUCUCGCAAAAUUGGAGCAAAUUUCUCCAAUUUUAGUGCAUGGCAUCAAAGGUCUAAGACCUUAGUCGGACUUUGGGAAAGUGGCCAGCUGGAUCCUAUCCAGUCGAGAGACGACGAGUUCGAGCUUGUAAGCAACGCAUUAUAUACUGACCCAGACGAUCAAAGCGCGUGGAUAUACCAUAGAUGGCUCAUUGGCUCAGGGGAAAACAAAGCACAAUUGGAACGUGAGAUACAACUUAUCUUCGAGUUGCUCCAAGAGCAACCUGAUAGGUGUAUGGAGUCAUUGGUCCACUAUAAGCGACUUCUACUCCAAAAUCACUCACCAGAUUCCCAAACCCUGAAACAGGAGUGCGUGGAGUUACUUUCUCGGUUGAUGGACUUGGACCCUGUUCGAUACUUUAGAUAUCAGGAUUUAAACUCGACUGGGCUUCGAUCGCCGUCCUCAUAG